UGUGUAUAUAUAUAUAGUCUGCUUGAACUAGAACUAUAUGACCUCUAGUUUUUUUCAAGGUUCUGUGAUUCUGCAUAUGUAGAUUUGUGAAUAUUGUUGAUGUAUAUUUAGUUGCAUAUACAUUGAGGGGACAGAGGAGAGAAUAUUCAGUUUGUAUGGAGUUUAAGAAGAAUUUCACAAAGGAUUGCUUGGACUAGGUCUUUUAGGGUAAGUAGAAGUAUGUCAGAUGGAUAAGAAAUUAAAUUUUAUUUUACUUUUCCUCAAUAGCAAUAAUAACUACAUUUAUUUAGAGUUAAUAUUUGUUCUAUAUUAACAUAAUUAAAUACAUAUGAACUAAGCUCUCCAUAUCUUACCUAAUUUUUCCUUCUCUUUCGGCUGUGCACACAACUUGCGGAAGUUCCAGGGCCAGGGAUCAAACCCUUGCCACAGCAGUAACAAUACUGGAUCCUUAGUUCACUGAGCCAUUGGGGAACUCUGAUCUACUUUUUUUUUUUUAACCUCUAUUUUACAGAUUCAGAAAUGGAAGCACAGCAAGAUUAGAGUAACUCAUCCAAAAUCAUACUGCUAAUGGUGGUGGAAUUUGACUUCUAACUCCAGCUCUUUGGUCAUUGUACUGUUAUGCCAGUCUUAUUGUUUAUCUUUGAUAAGUUUUUACCUAUGAAUGCAGUGAAUUUCAAAAAUAUUUUCCUAUAAAAGUAAUAUUAUAGUGAUUAUAUUUCUAGGAAAUCCUUCCCAACAUAGUUACUAUAUCAUAUUGCAACUCUUACAAUAUUAGAGAAAUUGAUUAUUACUGUCAUGUUAGCUCAAUUGAUUGGCAUUUCUAUCUCAGAUGCUAAACACAUCUGACACUGCUGCAGUAAGUCACCAUAAGGAUUCCAUCAUAUUCCUUUUACCUUAACUGGCAGUCCUUCACACCAAAGCAUUAAUUUCCCUUGGUCCUGGGUGUGAACUUUAACACUGAUGAAGGCAGUUAGAGAAGUAGGCAUGAGGACCUGUGGUUAAUUGGAAUUUCUUAUCAGUGUAAGCAUUGAGUGUGUCACGUUUGUUCGAAGCCUGUUUCAUGGCCCAUAUCCUUUUCUAAGGACUCCCAGGUUUGGCUUGUUCCUUUUCUUUUUGGAUUAUCUACUGCUUGCAACUAGAAUUUUGUUUCCUCCUUGAGUUGCAAAGAGCAUGCUCUUGUAGAGUAUCUUGUCUUUCCUCCGAAACACUCAGCAUACACAGUAAAGGUUUUUUGUUUGUUUGUUUUUCUUUUUUGGCCCCCCUGUGACAUAUGGAGUUCCCUGGCCAUGGAUCAGAGCCAAGUGGCAGUAGCACCUACUCCACAGUUGCGACAGUGCCGGAUCCUUAAACCAUUUUGCCUGCCUGAGAUCAAGGAACCUGCGUCCCAGCGCCCUGAAGACGCUGUGGAUCCCGUUGGGCCAUAGCAGGAACUCCAAUAAAGGUUUUUAUUGUUAGAAGAGUUUGCAGAAUUAUCUCCCCAUGUAACUUCUAGCAAACCAUAAACUAAUUAUCUAUCUAGCUAACUAUCAUAAAGAUCAUUUAGGGGAAAAAAUGGGAGCUUCAGAUACUAAUGAUAAAUCUGCAAUAAAUUCUUGGAAGUAGAGAGGUUUGGAUUGUGAAGAAGCGAUGAGAUGGAAAUGCUAAGGGGCAUUGGAGAAAAAAGGGGAGACUUCUCCACCAGUAGAAGUUACUUAUGAGGAAGGAACUUCAGGCUCUCCUGCUCCACAUUAUAAAUAUAUAACUGUAGACUGCCAUCAGCUAAUGUUCUAGAUAAGGCACUUCUAAGGCUGUGGCUGUUUUUUGUUUUUUUUUAAAUAAAUAGAGUUAAUCUUUUAUCUUUGUGGUAGGUAAUACCAGCCUUUUGAAAUAGUAAUCUGAAUUGCUCAUAAGUGUGUAUGCAGUUUCUGUUUCUGCCCUUGACACCAUGGUUAGCUGAUUUUUGUUAUCUUUUACCUCUUGAUUGUUACUGUUUGCCAACCUGCAGUGAUCCACUUUGAAAAAGCAAAUGCCAUAGUUUCUUGCUUUCUUUCCUGAAAGAAAAAGUCAUUCUGGAGGAUUCUGCUCUACCAAAACUUCAUUAACUUGAGUGUUUCUUAAGUAUUUUUUAUCAUUUCUGAAGAUUUUGGCUGUUUUAAUGGGUGUGAUAGGUAUACAGCUGGUUGUUACCAUGGUGAUGGCCAGUGUCAUGCAGAAGAUUAUACCUCACUAUUCUCUUGCUCGCUGGCUACUCUGUAAUGGCAGUUUGAGAUGGUAUCAACAUCCUACAGAAGAGGAAUUAAGAAUUCUUUCAGGAAAGCAGCAAAAAGGGAAAAGCAAAAAAGAUAGGAAAUAUAAUGGUCACAUUGAAAGUAAGCCACUAACCAUUCCAAAGGAUAUUGAUCUCCAUCUAGAAACAAAGUCAGUUACAGAACUGGAUACUUUAGCAUUGCAUUACUUUCCAGAAUACCAGUGGCUGGUGGAUUUCACAGUGGCUGCUACAGUUGUUUAUCUAGUAACUGAAGUUUACUACAAUUUUAUGAAGCCCACACAGGAAAUGAAUAUCAGCUUAGUAUGGUGCCUACUUGUUUUGUCUUUUGCAAUCAAAGUUCUAUUUUCAUUAACUACACACUAUUUUAAAGUAGAAGAUGGUGGUGAAAGAUCAGUCUGUGUUACAUUUGGAUUUUUUUUCUUUGUGAAAGCAAUGGCAGUCUUGAUUGUAACAGAAAACUAUCUGGAAUUUGGACUUGAAACAGGGUUUACAAAUUUUUCAAACAGUGCGAUGCAGUUUCUUGAAAAGCAAGGUUUAGAAUCUCAGGGUCCUGUUUCAAAACUUACUUUCAAAUUUUUCCUGGCUAUUUUCUGUUCACUCAUUGGGGCUUUUUUGACAUUUCCUGGAUUACGGCUGGCUCAAAUGCAUCUGGAUGCCCUGAAUUUGGCAACAGAAAAAAUUACACAAACAUUACUUCAUAUCAACUUCUUGGCACCUUUAUUUAUGGUUCUGCUCUGGGUAAAACCAAUCGCCAAAGACUACAUUAUGAACCCACCAUUGGGUAAAGAAAGUGUCCCUUUAAUGACAGAAGCUACAUUUGAUACUCUACGACUCUGGUUAAUAAUACUGCUGUGUGCUUUGCGGCUGGCCAUGAUGCGUAAUCACCUGCAAGCUUACUUAAACUUAGCCCAGAAAUGUGUGGAUCAGAUGAAGAAAGAAGCAGGGCGAAUAAGCACAGUUGAGCUACAGAAAAUGGUUGCUCGAGUCUUUUAUUACCUUUGUGUCAUUGCACUGCAGUAUGUGGCUCCUCUGGUGAUGCUGCUUCACACAACUCUGCUUUUAAAAACUCUAGGUAAUCAUUCCUGGGGGAUUUAUCCAGAAUCUGUCUCUACCUUACCAGUGGAUAACAGUUUACCCUCCCAUUCUGUUUAUUCCGAAUUACCAUCUGAUGGGAAGAUGAAGGUAACUGUUACACAAAUAACAGUGGCACUGAGCAGCUUAAAAAACAUUUUCACUCCUCUGCUUUUUCGAGGACUUCUGUCUUUUCUGACCUGGUGGAUUGCUGCUUGUCUCUUUUCUACAAGCCUUUUUGGGCUUUUCUAUCACCAGUAUCUGACUGUAGCAUGAAUCUCAGUUAACAAAAAAGAAUAUUGAAGUCACACUUUGAGUUCAAAUAGUCAUGCCCUUGAAGGGCUGAUGAAAACCAGAAGACAGCAAAUACAAAGGAAAAACAUAUCAGAAUAUCUUGUUUUAAAUACUUCCUCUGUAUUCUCAGGGUGAAUUAAUGGUAUUAAUAUUUAAAAUUAUAGAAUAGAUUGUUAAAGGCUAUACUGUGGCAUUGGAAUUUUAACUUCUUGUAUUAAUGGAUGUGAGAGGGCUAUCUACAAGAGUAAUACUUCUGAUUACCUUGGUUUACAGAAACCUCCAGCAGUCUUUGAAACUUCUCAUAUGGCGCCAGUUUUUGUGAUUGCUCCUAAUGGUAUUGAGGAAGGUACUGUUUAUAUUUGUAGUGGCUGCCUAUAGAACAAUCUUCAAACUGAGCCAUGCUUUAGGAGAGAGAAAGGAGCUAAAGUCACUUCUGUUGGUAAUAUACCAGUGACUCUUCAACAGCAACAAAAAAAUCCAACAGAAGGAAAGAAAUAGCUACUGUAUAUUACAGUAAAGAAAGCUGCAUAGUAAUUUUAAAUUUAAUGGAGAUAUACAUGCUUAAUAUCUAUAAGUACUGCUGCUUGAGAGUAGCAAGACUAUUGUUUUAAAAAGUAUUCUAUCCAACUGAGGGAUCUUUUAAAAUGGUUGGCUAUAUGAACAUUUGUAGUCUUGCCAUUACAUUUGGACCUCCCUUAUUUUAUUUUAUUCUCUGAUCCUAAGUACAGUUCUCUUUAAUAGUCUAAAGAUAUUUAUCAACAUUGAUCAGACUUUUAAAAAAUUACUUUGUAAUCCUGCUGACUACUUGUAUGUAUUAUAUAUAUAUAUAUAUAUUAUAUAUUAAAUAUAUAAUAUAUUGAGAUUAUUAAAGAUGAAAAUAUUGGAUUCUUAUAAUAUUUUAAGUUGCUGAAUGUAUGUUAAAAUGUGAUUGAGAUGUGUUUGUAUCUAGAAACUUUCUUUCUGGAAUGAGAUUAAAAUACAUUUUGAAAAUUCA